CAAAUCCGGCUACAGAAAGCGAGAGGCUGUGCCAUUCACUUUCCAGCUAGAUUGUAGUCGCUCUUGCACUUGUCUGAAUCUUCACCCUCGCCAUGUUCGGCAUUUUGAAGGGUUUAGCUGGUGGUGGUGGUAGCAGCGGCCUUUCGGGCCAAUUACUCCAGGGAUUGGCCGGCGUCAUUGGACAAAUGGUGGCUGGCCCAGCCGAACAACCCCGCCAUGUUUCUCAGAUUGAGUCCUACGAGAACGAGGAGGAGCGAAGGUUUCGAGCGGUCUUCAAGCAGCUGGCUGGAGAUGACAUGGAGGUGAGUCCCGUUGAGCUGAAGAACAUACUCAACAAGAUUGUCUGCAGACAUCCCGAUCUGAAGACUGAUGGGUUCAGCUUGGAGUCUUGCCGCAGUAUGGUUGCUGUUAUGGAUGCUGACAGCACUGGAAGGCUGGGCUUUGAAGAAUUUAAAUACCUUUGGGAUAAGAUUAAGAAGUGGCAGGCUGUCUACAAAGGAUUCGAUGCCGACAAAUCAGGAACCAUUAACAGCCAAGAGCUUCCUGGGGCUUUUGAAGCAGCAGGAUAUCCUCUGAAUGAUGAACUUUACCGACUGCUGUAUCGCCGAUAUGCCAAUGAGUCUGGUGACAUGGACUUUGACAACUACAUUUCCUGCUUAGUCCGGUUGGAUGCCAUGCUCAGAUCGUUCAAGGCUUUGGAUAAAGACGGCAAUGGCUCCAUCAAAGUGAACAUAGUGGAGUUUCUACAACUCACCAUGUAUUCCUAAAGCAAACGCCUUGGGAUCAGCUCAUCAAAGAAAACUGAAGAUCUCCUUGUCACUACUUAUCUAUCAGAGCAAUAGCCCUUUGCUUGGCUGAGGAUGGAGGGGUGGGGGGAAGAGGGUGAAAAUAUAUUUUUCUGCAUGUAGGCUUUUUACUGUUCCUGAGAUCUCUGUAAACUCAGCGUGUUGGAAGCACAGUGGUUAACCUUGACCAUUCCAAACUUCAAGACUACUUUCUUCUGAGAUUGCCAAAAUCAAGAAAAAGAUAAUGUUUGAAAGAAAGGUCUUGUUGAGAAUGAGCUUUGGAAAUGGGAGAUUAAAGGUCAGUAUCACUGACCAUUGGACCCCCCCCCCUCUCAGAUCCACAAGCUUCUUGGAGAAAAACCAUCUUUUCAUUCUCUUGUGAGCUUUCUGCUUGCAAUUUCCAACAACUGAGCUUUUCCUUUCUUGUUUGAAUCUGUUGCCCUCGAAUAUUUCCUUGUGCGUGUGCCUAAAAGACUGAGGAAAGCAAUUUAUUUUUAAACAAUGUUAAAGGUCACAGCCCGAUCGGAAGCUGUAGUUUUAAGAUUUAUUCACACCCUUGAGUAUUUGUUCUCCUUAUUUUAUGGAGAAGCCAAACUUGAAAGCAUCCCUUGUUGAAUCUGGUGUGUGGAGGGGUGGGGAGAUGUUGUGUGCCAAGGAGCGUUUAAUGAAUGGCAUUUAAUGAAUGCUCCGUGGGGCACAACAGACGAGUUCUGUUUGCCAGUAACUGGAGCUUUGGAAAGGUCAAGCUUAUUCUUGCAAUGUUGUGCUUUGUACUUUGUGGGGUAUUAUAAAGGUUUUUUUAAGUGC